AUGCGCCAUCAACUAGCACCGGCCCACUGGACGAACACCUCACCUCCGGAGUGCAUGUCUGGCCUCUUCCGGACCCUGAUAGAGCGGUCACAUUCUGCAACCGUCCGAUGGAACAGAUCGGAUAACGAAUCUCAGAGCCCUCAAACGGGGACUGACAAUGGACGCAACCCCACUUUUUCGCAGUGUGACAACUCGCUCACUAGUGUUUUCCCCAUCGUCCGGAGCAGACAUCGCGCCUACGAGCCUGUGAUAACUAUGCGUCAUAUUCUCUGGUAUCGCGACGUGCACCGGAGGCCGCAUCAUCGCCGCAUGGAGGCCCGGCCGAGCAUUGGUCAGGGCAAAGACCGGAGAGCACUGGCCUUAGUUUCGAGGAUUACGCUGGCCUCUCCCUUAUCGUUUGCCUAUCAGAAUUCUCCCGAAUCAUCACGCCUGGACGACACCGGUGUUUUCUGCUGGUUCGUGGAUCCCAAGAACUCGGUCAAUACACUAGCGACACAUCCCCGCACAGCCAGAAUCAAAGGCCAGUUUUGGCUCGGGCUGCCUGCCGUUGACAUCGCUACCGAGCCCGUGUCUUGUCUCUUUCCGGGAUCCGGCCAGCCGGAUCACGUUUGGACCCCUGGAGAAACACAAACUCCAUGCGAAUGGACAGAGAACCAUGAGCUGAAACAAAUCAACUCCUUUGUCAACCGGGGCCAUGUCUGUUUCAUUUGCUUCCUCAAACUUUGCUCCGGUGAGGAUAUGGCUAUUAAAAACAGGGUACUCAUAGCUGCAUGGAUCCUGCUGGGCUUAGCGCUAUUGGGCCUUGUCGCCAGCGCGGCGAUGCACCCGCUGAUGCUCCCCGCCACUACUUCUGGGUUGUGUUCUCCUUGCAGUGCGUGUUUCGCAACUUUCCUACCAGAUAAUGAAUUCUGGAGCAAGGGUUCGCCAAUGCAUGCUGACUCGACCUUCCUUUGCAGCCGUGAACUACCCCGGUCCAAUCAGCCUGUUGCUUGGUCUCCUGCUCCUACAUGUGUUGCAGUUGCAGCUCUAAGAACUCCGUAUAUGCAGCGUAAACACAGACCUAAGACGCGAGCCGGGGAGAACGAUUGA